UGAUCGUUGUCUGUGACCUGUUUUGUAAUGAUUUGAUUUCUGAACGAAUUGAAAUUUGACAAACUCUUUCGUCGGAUCUGUCAAUCCGUGAUCAUGGCUCCCCGGUUUGAAAUCGCGGUUGGUCUGCGAAAAGGCCACAAAACCACUAAAAUCUCCGCCGGCAGGAAAGGCAUUACAGACAAAGCCAUCAAAAUCCGCCCAGCUAGGCUAAAGGGGCUCCAGACCAAGCACUCGAAGUUCGUGCGUGACUUGGUUCGCGAGGUCGUUGGACACGCGCAGUAUGAGAAGAGAGCUAUGGAGUUGCUGAAGGUGUCAAAGGACAAGCGUGCGCUGAAGUUCCUGAAGCGUCGCCUCGGCACCCACAUCCGCGCCAAGAGGAAGCGUGAGGAGCUCAGCAACGUGCUCACGCAGAUGAGGAAGGCCGCCGCGCAGGCGCACCACCACCACUAAACUAAUAAAGCUUAUACUUUA